CUUCUCGGCACUGGCUCAAGGAUGGUGGGAUUAGGAAAUGGGCGUCGCAGCAUGAAGUCUCCGCCCCUCCUCCUGGCUGCCCUGGUGGCCUGCACCAUUGUGCUUGGCUUCAACUACUGGAUUGCAAGUUCCAGAAGCGUCGAACUCCAGACACGCAUCGUAGAGCUGGAAGGCCGAGUCCGCAGGGCAGCCGCAGAGAGAGGAGCCGUGGAGCUAAAGAAGACCGAGUUCCAGGGCGAGCUGCAGAAGCAGCGCGAGCAGCUCGACAGGAUCCAGGCUAGCCACGUCUUCCAGAUGGAGAACGUCAACAAGUUACAUCAGGACGAGAAGACGGUGUUGGUGAAUAACAUCACCACCAGCAAGAAGUUCAUCAGAGACCUGCAAGACCAAUUGAAGGCGCUGCAGAGAAGCUAUGGCCGCCUGCAGCAAGACAUCUUCCAGUUCCAGAAGAACCAGAGCAGCCUGGAAAAGAAGUUCUCCUAUGACCUGAGCCAGUGUAUCAACCAGAUGAAAGAGGUGAAGGAGCAGUGUGAGGAGCGGAUAAAAGAGGUCACCAGAAAGAAAAAUGAAGCCUUAGUUUCCAGAGGUGUGGCUGAAAGUACCGAGCAUCAGCAGGCUCUCAAGCCUCAGGCCAAGCUUCAAGAAGCAGACCCACCAAAGAUGCCACAAGGUGAAGGGGAUGCGCCCAGAAACAGGUCCCAGAUCCCAGCCCCCGGCUCGGAGGUGUGGGGUUUGAAGCCACAGGAGCACAAUGUUGAGAACAAUGAGAUUCCAAUUGUCAGCGAGGAGCACGGUCUGCGACCGCCAAAGGCACCAGUCCAAGAACAGGCGGCUGUGGAUGGCAUACCUGUGGGAGCUGGGAAACCUGAUCCAAACACACAGGUGCCAGCUGCCCGUUUGGCCAGGCCUGAGGAGGAUUCUGAGUACCCUGAGCGGGAGCAGCUUGUCAUCAGGGAUGGGCAGGAAGAGCAGCAUGCUGCUGAGAAAGGAGGAAGCCAGCAGAAACUGCAGGAUGAAUACAGCCUGGAUGAAAACGAAGCAGAAUCGGAGCGAGACAAGCAGGCAGCUCUUGCAGGGAAUGAUAGACAUAUAAAUGUUCUUAAUGUUGAAUACCACAAGAGAGGCGUAAUAAAUGUACCCGAUGGGAAUGAGAAGCCAAGUCACAUUCUUCAUCAACCAGAAGUCCACAUUCCUCAGCAGGCCUGAACAGAAGUCCUGCGAUUCACCAGCGAUGGAGUAAAUGUAGCUGGCCGAUGAUUAUUGUGGGGUUUAAUCAGGACAUUUUAGCAAGGGAAAAAGUGGGACCAUCUCAGUUUGGGGGUACUUCUAAAGUCUCUACAAAGGGUAUCAAAAUUGGUCAGGCUCUCUUGAUUGACAGGUAUUUCUUGAGCAGAUCAGCACCAAUGAGAGAACUGAGGUGGUCCUGUGGCCAGCAGCACGUCACCCUGCUGCUGCAGUGUCUGUGUGACAGGGCUGGCACUGAGCAGCUCACCAUCUGCACAGAUUUGAUCCACCAGCAAUGGCCUAGUGCUUUCACAGCAUGAAUGCCUCUAGUCUGAUCUAGAUAAGCCUCAACACAAUUAAUUAAAAGAUAGCCACUGCACCUGGCUUCCUCUAGGCCUCAGAAGGCUUGGGAAGGAAGACUGUCACAAAUUCUGGGCCAGCUAGAGCUACAAAGUGAAUUCAUUCCAAGCCAGGAUCAGCAGGACAGACCCUGUCUCAAACCAUAAGUCAACUGUGAGGGAAGGUUUAA